AUGAGGUUUCUAUUGUGCAUUUUAUUUUCUGCGUUUCUAGUAACUACAGUGAAAUCUUUAAUCGCCAAAGAUGUCUACGAUCCGACGACAUGCGGUCUACCUGGACCUGGCUUCAAGAGUAAUAAAUUGAAAGCAGAAAAAAGAAAAGUCGUUGGAAAUGAUGUAAAGAAGACUGUGAAGAGAGAAAUUGAUAACGAUUAUUCUGCGGACUAUAUUCCUACUGCUUUGGAUGAGACCGAGGAGGAUGAGAACGAUCCGAUGCGAACAAAGGUAAUGGGAGGUGAGAGAGCUGCGAAAGAUGAACUGCCGUGGGCUGUGGCUCUUGUGAUUAAACCGGCGGAUGAUUUAUGUGGUGGGACGCUUAUAUCAAGGCGGCACAUAAUCACAGCUGCUCAUUGUUUCAGGAAGCAGCUGAAUGGCACUUGUAGCGUUAAUAAUAUGCUACCUGAGGGAGACGUUGUGGCUGGGACCGCCGUUGCGCUCGGUGGUACUUGUCUGGUGGAAGACAAAAAAUACAACUGUGCUAAAGAAGAUGUUAUUACAGUGUUCCGCAUUAAGAGAAUAUCUUAUAGAAGUUAUUUCGAGUUUGGAUAUAGAUUUACACGUGACAUCGCUAUUCUCGAGCUAGCUGAUGACGUUCCUAAACAUAUCCAUCAUAUUUGUCUUCCUCACAUGAACAAAAAGAUCAAUAUAGGUGACCCAUUGUUAAGGAUGAGCUCAUUUGGAUGGGGCGCCGACCCGAUAAGAAAUCUCACUAUGGUAAUAUUCCUCCAGAAAUUGAUGUUAGGUGUGAGAAUGACUGAAAAGGACUGCAGAAAAAUCGCCCCCGAAAAGUUGUCUGACACUUUCUGCACCAUUCGACGUCCCGACCAAAAUCUUGGCGUUGGCGAUAGUGGUGGUGGAAUUACAGCAAAAAUAGACGGCAGGACAUAUCUUGCUGGGGUAGUGUCUGGUACAACUCCAUACCUAGAUAAGAAGAAAAGGCCAAUACCAAGCGUCCAGAUCUUCACGGACAUAACUAAGUAUACUACUCUAAUCGACAAAAGAAGCUUUAUCUCUAAAGUGUGA